GUUAAAAAAAAAAAAAAAAAAAGUAACACUACACUCUAAGGUUGGAAAACACUAGAUUUUAAGGUUGGCAGAAAACCUUAUAUAGUCUAAAGCAGGCAACAGAUGUCAUGGGGCCCCUACUCCAAAACUUCACCGGAUCCGAAGAUUGGAUGGAUGGAAAUUGAGAAGGAGACGCAGCGAGCAGAGAAGGCAGGCGGGCCGCAGCGGCACCUGAGGAGAGGACAAAGAGGCACGAACGGAACGGAACGGAAGGGGUUUUGUUUCAAGAAGAGAUGCACAAAGGAAUCCCGCUGCACACGUGGCAGUGUGCGUCCGUACGAUCGCGACUUGAGAGCAGGCGAUACCGACUUGAGAGUUCCGCGGUCACAGAGACACCGACCGGCGCAAAAAGUUCUUAUCCACCGCUUCCUAAUCACUCGUAGCAGUGCCUCUCAGGCCUGUCAGAUCACAGCUGCAGCAGAGUCCCCUCCUCGUCCUCCUUCUCCUCCUCCUCCUCCUUCUCCUCCUCCUCCUCGUGCUGCUGCUGCUUUUGGGCAACAGUCGGAGCUUCCGGCCAAGUCUUCGUGCCACGUGUCAGAGUUUUCGCGCCAAGUUUUCCCGCCAAGUCAUCUUGCUCCGUUGCGACGCGUUCAGAUCGAUCAGCGGUUGCUCAGGAUCGCGCCACGUGUCGGAGUUUUCCCGCCAAUUUUUCUUGCCAGUAACAAUGUCCCUUCUGCUCUUGGCGUUUUCCCGCCAAAUCAUCCUCUUUAUAGCAACAGCAAGAGCACCAGCAGCUGCAGCAGCACGACACGUGGCAGCAGCUCAGCUGCUCCAGCUGUCGCUUUCUUUUGCCGUCGCUAUUGGGCCUAUUUCAGAUCCCGAUCCCUAUCCAUCAGCGCCGAUUGGCCAGAAGACUGUCACGUGUCGGAAAAGGCCACCAAAGGCUACGUGUCCUGUUGCAACGCAAGUUUUCCCGCCAAGUUUUCGCGCCAAAGCGCGCCACGCGGCAAUGCACGUGGCGAUACACGUGGCAGCAGCUCAGGUAGUGCGCGUGUCAUCACUGUAGACAGCGGUCGCCGAAGGGGGAUCUCCUCACACGAUCUGUGCCGUCCACUGAAAGACCGAUCGGAUAUGGGAGGAAGAGGAGGAGGAGGAGGAGGAGGCGCAGGGGCAGCAAGUCUUCGCUCUGCUGGAAACAGGAGGCAAGAACGACAGGCAAAAUCCGAGAAGAAGAAGGACAAGAACGAGGGAGAGGAGGAGGAGGAGGAGGAGGAGGGAAGGGUGGAAGAGGGUUUUCGGCGCGCUUUGCGGGGCGCGAAGAAGAUCGCGGUGCUGACUGGCGCCGGCGUUUCCGCGGAGUCUGGGAUCCCGACUUUCAGAGGAGCUGGAGGGCUCUGGCGGCUGUACAAUGCUGCUGAGCUGGCAGACCCGGCGGCCUUCGCCGCCAAUCCAUCGCUUGUGUGGGAGUUCUACCAUUAUCGCCGGGGGGUGGCUUUGAGAGCUGCGCCCAAUCCCGCCCAUCACGCGCUAGCGGCGCUUGAGAGGAGGUGCAAGGAGGAGGGGAGGGAGUUCUCCCUGCUCACGCAGAACAUCGACGGCCUGCACCACGUGGCGGGCAGCGAGCACGUGGUCGAGCUGCACGGCUCCAUGUGGCAGACCCGCUGCACGCGCUGCCACGUCAUCCGAGAGAACCGCGACAUGCCCAUCUGUCCCGACCUGGAAGGCAGGGGAUCACCCGAGAUCGGCGCUCCCAGCGCGGCGAUCCCGACCGCCCUGCUCCCGCGGUGCGCCGGGAUCGGGUGCAACGCCCUGCUGCGACCCAACGUCGUCUGGUUCACUGAAUCUCUCGAUCCCAUGGUCUUGACGAAAGCCUACGAGGCCAUCACCGGCUGCGACCUGAUGCUGGUGGUCGGGACCUCCUCCCUUGUCCAGCCCGCCGCCAGCUACCCCCUCGUCGUCCUUGGAAGGGGUGGCGCCAUAGCCGAAUUCAACGUGGAGGAGACGAGCUUGACGCCGAGGAGCAGUUUCUUCUUCAGGGGGAAAUGCGGGACCACCCUCUCUCGAAGCUUGGCCAGUUUCUUGCAGCCGCCGCCGCGUGGCGAUCCCGAUCCCAACUUGUCUUCCUCCGAUCCAUCGUCAUCGUCAUCGUCCAUCGUCUGAUCAAGCCCGGCCACCGUCAUCGGCCAGCAGCAGAG